AUGUCAACAGUAGCGAAGCUACAACGUACGAUUUUGGUUACUGGUGGGAAUAAAGGCAUUGGUUUUGAAGUUAUCAAGAAACUAAUUAAACAGCCGUCGUCGAUCAACGACGAUCUUAUUCUUCUUGGUAGUCGCGAUUUGAAACGUGGGGAAGACGCACUUUCACAGUUGGGUUCUCCAACCAACGUGCAUCUUCUUCAGUUAGAUACAUUGUCAAAAGAGAGCAUUUCUUUUGCUACGAAUGAAAUUAAACAGAAGUAUGGGGGCCAAUUGGACGUAAUUAUCAACAAUGCAGGUAUUGCACCAACAGAUGACUCCGUCGAGGAAGCUCGAAAAACACUGGCUACUAACUAUUAUGGAGUGAAACUACUCAAUGACAACUUAAUUCCUUUUCUUUCUGACCAUGGUCGUGUUAUCAAUGUUGCCAGUGGAAUCGGCCCAAUGGUAUUAGGUUAUGUUUCGAAAGAUCUUCAAGACAAAUACACAUCGGCAACGUUAACUUCAGAGCAGCUUGAUUGUCUUGUUGAAGAUUUUGUUUUAGCACUCGAAUCCAACAAUCUUGAAAAAUGUGGAUAUACCACGGAAUUACCGUAUUUGGCGUAUGGUGUUUCUAAAAUGGCAUUGAUUGCUCUCACUCGAAUUGAAGCACAGCAGUGUUCUGACGCGAGAAAAAUAUUCGUUUAUUCUGUUUGUCCAGGUUAUUGUGCUACCGAUAUCAAUAAACAUGGUCCAGGAGCUCGAUCAGCUGAACUUGGGGCCGAUUCUAUCUUGCAUGUCGUUAACACUUCUGAUCAUGAACUUAAAAAUGGUGCAUUCUACCGAGAUGGUACAGAAUUACAACAAAUCUGCAUGGACGAAGCUAAAAUUCAAGCAUUCAUCCAACUCAUGAAACAUCUAAGCGCUUCAAAAUAA